AUGCAGCAGCUCACAUCUCUUGAUGAGGAUGAGGAAAUGUUUACUGAAGAUGACCUGCUGGAUGUACCAUCAUCCCUGUUAUGUGAGCCACCUUCCAAGCUGUCCCCAGCUCAAACAAUAUGCACAACCAGAAUGGAACCCUCCUUCCAGUCCUUUGGUUUGCCCAGAUUACCUUUGAUAGAGCCAGCAUGGGGGUCAUUGGCACUGUCUCCCUCCUCUAGCAGCCCAUUGGUUGAGCCUCCUUGGGACUCCAUAUCAACAUGCCUCUCUGACAGCACCCCAUUACUUGAGCUGGCAUGGGACAAAUCACCACCACCUGUUGCCCCAGUUCCCAGCCCAACAACAUUCACAUUGCCUUGUGGCAAUUUCCCUGGUCCUUGUCAACCUAUGGACCUCUCAGACACUCCUGCAUCAUUCAGCUCCACAUUGAUACCAUUGGCUAGAUCCCCAUCACCAGUGCCAAUCCCAUUGUCACAUUUGGAGCUUUUAGCAGUCUCCCAGGAGUUCACCAUACAGCUGGGAGUUGAUACUCCACAAACUGAGUCUAAACAUGUCUACCAGUUCAAAUGUCAAGGCAGAUCUCCAGUAUCAUGGCUAGGAGUGGGGUAUUAUGCCAAUACCCUGGUGGAUGCAACUGGGGAGUGGCAAUCACAUGUUGAGUGGCAUGCCAUGCUUACCAGAUUCUGGCAACAGUUAGCAGAUCUUCUGGAGGAAGAGCUGGCAGUCUACUGGAAAACACCUCCCAGACCUAAGGUCUGCCCAGGGACAUCUGGUCAUGUCCCAGGGCUAUGCAGAUUUAUAGGCCCUGGGACAGAUUGGAUUUCCCACAUAGCCAUCCAUUCAAAUGCAAUUACUUGGGAUGUCCCAAGACUGCCUUGGGUGACUGGGGUCCCUACUCCUGAAAGUGCAGCUUAA